AUCGGGAAAUCCCCCACAUGGAUGGCGAUGGCGUAGCACGCGCUGUGACGCCGUUGUGUUCGUCAACUUUCAGUAAGGUUAUUACUUAAGACAGGCGGUUUUCUGAUGUUUCUGCGUCAUGUGGAGGAUCCUACAAGGUCUCCCUCGAGUACUGCGGCCGCAGAUCAGCUCAGCAGCGGGUAACCAUGGCAACAGGACGCUGUCGCCGGGGCUGUGGCUGGAGGAAGGAGAGCAUGAUGGGAGUUCAGCGCAGAGGUCACCGCGGGUGACAACUGUGGGGACUCGGCCGUUCGUCGUCAGACUACAUUCUGAUGGAGCUGGCCAUAACCAUCAUGGCAAGAAGGAAAAAGUCAAACAAGACUUCUGGUCCAACUUUGACACAAAGGACAUCAAUAGUUUGUUUGAUGUUAUUGGUUGGGGUUCCGCCAUUUUACUGGGGUUCCAGCUCUGCCGACAUCUGUCCUGGGAUGUGAGUGGAGACGGGGAGGGGCGGCGCCUGGUGCACACCCUCUACAAACUUGCCUUCUCCCUGCCCCCCUCCCACCACGCUGUGCUGCCCGGUAAUGAUAGGAGAUCCCUGCCCCCCUCCCACCUCUCUGAGCUACCCAGCAGCGACAAUGAACAGGCAGAGGAGCAGACCAGACAUCGUUCUGUAGCUGCAGCAGCGCCCCUGUCAGAGCACAGACUGCACCACAAUGCUCUCCUGCAGCAGGCCCUGGCUGAGUUUGAGACGGCGACCAAGUCGUGUUCGGCAGCGAUACAGCACGCCAUAGGGCUUCAGCUGGCAAGGGAGGGCGACAUCAGACAUGCUGUGGACAUGUUCAGGAUCGCCAGUGCUGCAGGCAGUGCAAAGGCCCAGUAUAAUCUGGGUGUUUGCUACGAACAGGGCCGUGGGGUGGACAGAGACAUCAAAAAGGUGAGACAGAAUCUGCUUAAGGUUGAACAUAAACCAGACCCAACACGAUGA